AUGACGGUGGCGUGGCGCAGCGCAGGCGACAUGGCGACGGAGGUGGCCAGCAUGGGCGGCAUGGGCGGCGGGGGAGAGCACCCUGGCGAACUGGUGAAGACGGGCGCGCCGAACAUCCUGUGCACGGCGCUGCCCACCCACUGGCGCUCCAACAAGUCCCUGCCCAUGUCCUUCAAGGUAGUGGCGCUCGACGACGUCAAGGACGGCACCAUCGUCACCGUGCGUGCCGGCAACGACGAAAACUUCUGCGGCGAACUGCGCAACAACUCGGCCGUCAUGAAGAACCAGGUCGCCAAGUUCAACGACCUACGCUUCGUCGGCAGGUCGGGCAGAGGCAAGAGCUUCAACCUGUCCAUCAUCAUCAGCACGGCGCCCAUGCAAAUGACAACUCUCACAAAAGCCAUCAAAGUGACAGUGGACGGACCAAGGGAGCCGAGGAACAAGUCACUGGGCGGCAACGGCUGGCUGGACGCCUGGCGCGGAGCCUCGGGGUUGGUGGGAGGCCUCGGCAUGGGGGUGGGCGGGUCUCCGCUCUCAGGCGCCGCCCUCUCCGGUCUCUCCGCCCACUCGCUCCCUUCCCUGCCCGCCCACAACCCCGCCCACAGUCACGCCCUCUCCACCAUAACCAACACGGAAAUUCCGAGACCAAUACUAACAGGAGAGACGCGGUGCCUGCGGUGCCGCGGGUGCGAGUCGGGCGGCCCCUGCAGCGCCCUCCUGCACCCCGCCUCGCAGCCGCCGUCGGCCUCGCCCUCGUCCUCGUCCCCCUCCACCCUGUCGCCCACCAGCACCAACAGCACCAGCACCUCGAGCGUGAGCAGCAGCAGCAACAGCGUGACCAGCAGCCGGCCGCCGCCCCUGGCCCCGCUGGGCGGCCUCAGCGCCUUCUCGAUCCCGCGGUCGCUGGGCGCGGGCGCCAAGGCCUCCAGCUUCCCGUCUCGCGAGUCGUCGUUCCAGCCCGUGAAGCCGUCGAGCGAGCGCAGCCCCGAGACCAAGGGCGGCGCUGCGGAGGCCCCGCCCUGCCCCCCCGGCGCCGUCCGCGGGGCCCCUCGGCUCCUCGGCGGGACGGGGGGAGGGGAGGGCGCCCCCGGGAGACGCCGCGAGGGCGCUGAGGGCGAGCGACGCCAAGAGGAUCUCGUGAGGAAGGCGCCGCGUCCUCGGCGUCGCGGGGAAGGACUCGCCGCAGCCACGGACGAGAUCGCUGCAAACAAAUGA